CCAGAUAGUGGGCGUUCGACAGUCACUGCAUGCAGCUGAUUUCCGUUGCGGGCUCGUGAGGUGGUGCACCUGAUCUGACGCAGCGCGCAAGCAUUGCACUAAUAAUAAGCUCGGUCAGUGGACGAGCAGCGAAGCAUUUUUUAGACUUUGCUUUGGACGAAAAUAACAAUUGCUCCUCCAGUUUCCGCUGCUGUACAAGGAGGUAAGUGACGAGGCCCUCCGGACUAGGAAAGGAGUAUUAGUUGAGGGCUGACGGAGCAGUGCCGUGACUACUUGAAAGGAGCUGAAUCGACGACGACCAUGGCGUACGCUAGCGAGGACGAUCGUGCAAGACGCGAGCUGGAGAACAUCCAGUACAAGUCGAAUCGCUUGACGGACGAGACGCUGGAGUCGACACGUCGUAUGGUGGCGCUGACCCAGGAGACGCAGGAGGUCGGCGUGAAGACGCUGGAGGAGCUGGAUGCGCAGGGCGAGCAGCUGGAUCGCGUCGAGACGGGUCUGGACAAUAUCAAUGCUGACAUGAAGAAGGCUGAGCGGAACCUGACGCAAAUGGAGAAGUGCUGCGGACUGUGUUUAUGCCCUUGUGGUCGCACGCGCAGCAUCGAGAGAGACCCGCGCUAUGGCAAGGCAUUCUCUGGAGGGGCGUACGAGAAAGAGGACGAGGUGGUGUCCAGCCAGCCAAGGUCUGGUGGACCCAGUGGCUCUGGCCGUGGCAGCGGGGCGCAGCAGUCGCAAGGUGGCAACAUCCAGCGGAUCACCAAUGAUGCACGCGAGGACGAGAUGGACGAGAACAUGGACCUUGUGAGCAACGCGGUCAGCAAUCUGAAGAACAUGGCCAUGGAUAUGGGCAAUGAGCUCGAGCGACAGAAUGUGCAGCUCGAUCGUAUCAACGACAAGGCGGAGAUGAACGACGAGCGCAUACAGCACGCGAACACACGCGCUAAGAAGAUUUACCGCAACUCUUGAACACAUCCAUAUUCCUCGCAUGCACUAGUUACCCGAGUGUGUGUGUGUGUGUGUGUGUGUGUGUGUGUGUGAGAGAGAGAGAGAGAGAGAGUGUGUGCGUGGAUGCAUGCGGGCGUGUUUGCUUCUGUGCGUGUGUGUGUAUGUGUGUGCGUGUAUGUGUGUGUGUGUGUAUGUGUGUGUGUGUGCGUGUAUGUGUGUGUGUGUGUGUGUAUGUGUGUGUGCGUGUGUAUUAUAGGCAUGUUACAGUAUGAGUUAUGUUUUAUUGAUUAGAGCACCAUGUCACCAUGUCACGGGUUAACAAACGAAACAGAACCAUGCCCCGUUCAAGCAAAAGCACUAGUAUUUUUUGAUCAUUUUUGAAAAGCAUUCAGUUUAAAAGUGGAAUCAAUAUACUGCUCAUUUGAAUCAUUUCUGCAUUUAGCAUUCAUCAGCCGGUGGCCGAGCUUUGCAUCAGGUGUACCGGUAAUCAUAUGUUUGGUGCACAUAUCAGUAUCCAGACCAAG